AUAAAAAAAACCCUUAUUUUGGAACCCUAAAUCCCUUUUCUUCUCUCUCUCAGCAACACUUUCUCCCUUUAUUCAUCAUCGCCCUGCCACAUCUGGCGGUUCUCCGACCAACCCCACCGACCCCGGAAUCAAAUACCACGCCCCAAAAAACCCUAACCCCAAUUCCGUUGUGUGGUCUUCUCGGAUGUGGGGUUGAGUUUUGCACGAACGCCGGCGAGGGUUGUUUUGCACCUGAAAUCAGGAAGUGUUUAUUUUUUGUUUCUUCUCGUGGAGGGAGAGACAGAGUCCGUUCCUGUUACUUGAAGUUGCUGUGGAGACUGGAGAGAGAGAGAGCGAGAGAGAGAGAGAGUGGUGGAGUGAGUGUUGAGUCCCGUCUGUUAAUUGAAGUUGCUGUGGAGCUAUGCACAUGGCAAAGUUCACCCUAGGUUGCGAGCCAGUGGUGGGAUCACUCACGCCCUCCAAAAAGAGAGAUUACAAGGUCACCAACAGGCUUCAAGAGGGCAAGCGCCCCCUCUACGCUGUUGUUUUUAACUUCAUUGACGCUCGCUACUUCAAUGUCUUUGCUACCGUCGGAGGCAAUCGGGUGACCGUUUACCAAUGUCUAGAAGGAGGUGUUAUAGCUGUAUUGCAGUCUUAUAUUGAUGAUGAUAAGGAUGAGUCUUUUUACACUGUGAGCUGGGCAUGCAAUAAAGAUGGGAUGCCUCUUGUUGUGGCCGGGGGUAUCAAUGGUAUAAUCCGUAUCAUUGAUGCUGGCACCGAGAAGAUACAUAAGAGUUUUGUUGGCCAUGGCGACUCAAUAAAUGAAAUAAGAACCCAGCCGCUAAGACCAUCACUUAUAGUGUCAGCAAGUAAAGAUGAGUCAGUUCGGUUAUGGAAUGUAGAAACUGGAAUAUGUGUUCUGAUAUUCGCGGGAGCUGGGGGUCACCGCAAUGAGGUUUUGAGUGUGGAUUUUCAUCCUUCAGACAUGUAUCGAAUCGCGAGUUGUGGCAUGGACAAUACAGUCAAGAUUUGGUCAAUGAAAGAGUUCUGGACAUACGUAGAGAAAUCUUUCACAUGGACUGAUCUACCUUCGAAAUUUCCCACAAAAUAUGUUCAGUUUCCUGUAUUUAUCGCUUCCGUCCAUUCAAACUAUGUCGACUGCAAUAGAUGGCUCGGUGAUUUUGUCCUCUCAAAGAGUGUGGACAAUGAAAUUGUGUUGUGGGAACCUAAAAUGAAGGACCAGUCACCUGGGGAGGGAUCGGUUGACAUCCUUCAAAAAUACCCAGUUCCUGAGUGUGAUAUUUGGUUCAUCAAAUUCUCUUGUGAUUUUCACUAUACCGCUGCUGCUAUAGGCAAUCGAGAAGGAAAGAUCUAUGUUUGGGAACUCCAAUCUAGCCCCCCAGUUCUAACUGCAAGGCUGUCUCAUGCUCAAUCGAAAUCUCCAAUAAGACAGACGGCGGUGUCCUUCGAUGGAAGCACCAUUCUCAGCUGCUGUGAGGACGGAACAAUUUGGCGUUGGGACGAUGUAGCAAGUUCGUAAGCACCUCUUUAUCAAGAGCACUUUGUUGGUUUGUAGUAGAAUGGUAUUUUAUGUUUAUCCACUGGUAUUUAUGUGGGAGAAACUUAGAGGGCUUGAAUAUGUAACUCAAAACGGCUAUUGUAGCAAAGGAACUGACUACAUUUCUGUAAAGCACAUUUAACAGUGGUGAUUUAUUUAAUUCUUAGGGUUAAGUGUGGAAAA